AUGAGCGUCGUCUACGAACCCCGUAAUUUCAUGCACGAUGGCUCGUAUCCUCCCAUCGGCGAUCACGAUCACGACCAUGUCCUCGAUCAGACUGGGCAGUACCAGGCGUCCGACGUCCCGGACCUCGCCUCCUACAACCCGACGUCCUCGAUGCUCGGCGACGACCGGUCUCUCAUGCCGGACGGUCUUGACGAUGCCUCCGUUGGCGUCCCAGAUGCGACGCGACUCGAUCUUUCAGCGCCUCCCACUCUUACGUCCCUUCCUUCGAGUCUUCCUCCGGCGCUUCCCGAGCCCCUGCCAUCAAACAACAAGGACGAGGGCGAGGCCUCGACUCCUACAUCGAGGGUUAAGUGCAUAGCAAAGCCUGAACGUGAGGUGACGAAACAGCCUGAUGGAAAGUUUUACUGUACUUUCCCGGGAUGCACGGAAGAGACUCAAAUUUUCACCCGGAAAUGCGAAUGGAGCAAACACAUGGACAAACACGAGCGACCUUACCGAUGCGCGGCUGAGGGUUGCGAAAAGCUUCCCGGCUUCACAUACUCCGGCGGCCUCCUCCGCCACGAGCGCGAAGUUCACGGCAAGCACGGCGGUCCAAAGAACACGGUCAACUGUCCCCAUCCGAACUGCAAGCGUCAUACUGGCAAGGGCUUCUCACGGCAAGAGAACCUUAAUGAGCAUCUACGACGAGUACACACGAGCGACGGUUCCAGCACGGUCCAAGAAGACAUCCAAACCGGUAGUGACGGUGACAGUGACAAGGCUAUUGGAUUCGGCGCAGGCAACAAGCGAAAGCGCUCCCGGAAGGGAUCUGACGCUGGUCUGGACGAGCUGCGCGAGGAGAUCAAGCGCGUACGCAUGGAGAAUGAAGAGUUGCGCCAGCAACUCGACAGACAGGGUCAGCACAGCUUCGCCAUGAUGUCGCAGAUUGCAGAGCUCCAGGAUGCGUUGCGGACGAACCUCGAUCCGUCCGGACUCGGCGCUCCCACCGCCACGAUGUUGUGA